AUGUUUCUUAUUACUAUUUUUAUCAUAAUAUUUUAUUUGGUUUAUCAUUUAUACCAACAUAUUUUUCGAACAAAUUCCGUCAAUUCGAACGAUAAAUAUAUUCUUGUUACUGGGUGUGACUCAGGGAUCGGUCAUGCACUAGCAAUAGAACUCGACCAACAAGGUUUUAACAUCUUUGCUGGUGUUCUUAUUCAGGAUAAUGCAGUCUUAUUGAAAAAACAACUUUCAUCGAAAGCUACUGUAUUUCGUCUUGAUAUUACCAAACCAGAAGAUAUUGAUACUGCCUACAGUUUAGUCAAAAAUACGACAAACAAUUUAUAUGCAAUUGUCAAUAACGCAGGCAUUCUAACACACGGUUGUAUCGAUUGGACGUCAAUGGAAACUAUGCGAAAAGUCAUGAAUGUGAACUUCUUUGGGCAUGUCGCUAUGACGAAGAAAUUUUUAUCUCUACUUAUUUCUAAAUCUGACUCUCGUGUAAUUAAUGUAGUUUCUGCAGCUGGAUUCUUUUCUUUUCCUAAUACAUCGGCAUAUUCAGCAUCAAAAUAUGCAUUAAAAUCAUUCUCAGAUUGUCUUCGUCGUGAAAUGGCUCCAUGGAAUUUACAUGUUAGUGUAAUUGAACCAGGCGCAUUACGAACACCCAUGAUGGAAGGCUACGAAAACACCUUGAGAAAUAUAUGGAAUGGACUUUCAAUCGAUGUACAAGAACGUUGGGGAAUCAAUUAUUUAAAUAAUAUUAUUACAACAGCAACGAAUAGUCGAUUUAUGAUAAAUGCUGAUAAUCCUUCUAGAGUUGUAGGAGCUAUUAAGCAUGCGGUGAUGAAUCAUAAGCCUCAUAGUCAUUAUCGACCAGGUUGGCAAGGGAAAGUUAUUUUUUACAUCUUAUAUCUAUCACCUGUAUGGCUCAGUGAUAAAUUAUUAGCCAAAGCCUUAAAUUUUGUGCCUAGUGGUGUGCAACAUCAACUUUUGGACUAA